AUGGGGAAAGUUCUUGAGAAGGAGGCGUACGGAUUGGCUGCAAAAGACGAAUCCGGAGUUCUCUCGCCUUUCCGUUUCACAAGAAGGGAGACGGGAGAGAAGGAUGUUAGGUUGAAAGUGUUGUUCUGCGGAAUUUGCCACACUGAUGUGAGUAUGGCCAAAAACGAAUGGGGUUUUACUACUUACCCUCUGGUCCCCGGGCAUGAGAUCGUGGGCGUGGUCACUGAAGUUGGAGCCAAAGUGACUAAAUUCAAAGCCGGAGACAAAGUUGGAGUUGGGUAUAUGGCCAGCUCGUGCCGGUCUUGUGUCAGCUGCACCGAUGACCAAGAGAACUACUGUCCAAAAAUGAUCAUGACGUCCGGAUCCAAGUACUACGACGACACCCUAACACACGGUGGCUACUCCGACCACAUGGUUUGUGAAGAGAGUUACGUCAUCCGUAUCCCGGAAAAUCUCCCACUGGACGCUGCGGCGCCGCUACUCUGCGCCGGGGUCACGGUCUACUCCCCGCUUAAGUACCACGGGCUCGACAAGCCCGGUAUGCACAUUGGUGUGGUGGGACUAGGCGGUUUAGGUCACGUGGCAGUGAAGUUUGCUAAGGCUAUGGGUACUAAGGUUACGGUUAUUAGUACUUCGGAGAGAAAGAAAGAGGAGGCGAUUAAUCGGCUUGGUGCGGAUCUGUUCUUGGUGAGCCGUGACCAAGAACAGAUGAAAGAUGCAAUGGGGACUAUGGAUGGUAUAAUCGAUACCGUGUCUGCCACUCAUCCGCUUCUUCCGCUGCUUGGUUUGCUUAAGUAUAAGGGGAAACUUGUUAUGGUUGGUGUUCCGGAGAAACCACUCGAGCUUCCUGUCAUGCCUCUCAUCCUUGGGAAGAAGAUGGUAAUGGGAAGUAUGAUAGGAGGGAUAAAGGAGACUCAAGAGAUGGUGGAUUUCGCCGGAAAACACAACAUCGCAGCGGAUAUUGAGCUUAUCUCUGCGGAUUAUGUCGGCACCGCCAUGGAACGUCUACAGAAGGCCGACGUUAGAUACCGUUUUGUGAUUGAUGUUGCCAACACACUGAAGCCUCUUCCUUGA